CACACUAAUAAGAAAACUACCCUAUAAGCAAUAUACACUUGGCAUGAUGAUUUUAAUAAAAAAGAUUAAAAUAAAAUAUAUAAUUCAAGUGGGUCAAUCUACCCCACAAAAAAUAUGUGCCUCCGAAAAGAUAAUCUUAAAUCAUUUUACCAUCUUUUUCAAGUAGUAUUUAACUUACGCACAACUAAAAAUCUGUAAAAGUGAAUAUAUAAUGUGAACUUAAGACCCUUAGUAGAAUUUAGUACAUGUAUAGUGAACCAAUUCUUGGCUUCUAGCGUCUUACAAGAUAUCCAUUCAUUGUUUCCUUAGAUGCUAUAACCAUUUAAAUAUCACUCCAACCUUAAAAAAAUAACAUAAACUUUUAUUUUUCAUACUUUUCAAACACAUUUCAACUCAUAAAUGGCUAUCUAUUUCCUUCGACACUUUCCCUUCAUACCCUUCUUCCUCCUCUUAGCUACAUCAAAAGAGGAUAACCCAAACUAUACAGCAUGUUCCAUCCCAUACUCAUGUGGGCAUAUCAAAAAUGUAGGGUACCCCUUUUGGGGUGAAAACAGACCCAAGUUUUGUGGGAUGGCAGACUUUAGAUUGGGUUGUGGAGAUCAUUAUGGAAGAAACAAUUCUACUAUGCAUAUUUUUGGUUCUAAUUACAUUGGUUUGAGUAUUAUUAACAUUAAUACUUCAUCAAAAACAAUAGUUUUUUCCAUGGAAGUGUUGUUUAAACAUUGUUUCUAUGUAAAUGCAAGUAAUAUAAGCUUACUUCCAAUGUUAAAGCCUAAUAAGACAUAUAAAGGCAUAAACAUAUUCUAUGGAUGCCCUUCUAAUGUAUCCAUGUAUCAGAACAAGAAGUUUAAGUGUUCUGAUACUUACGACGGUGUCGAGACAAAGAAUGGAACAGCUUAUUACUUUCAUAAAAGAUCAGAUAUGAGCAGGAUAAGAAAGUUGAAUAUGUGUAAGAAUAAUAUUACCUUUCCAUUGGAUAAGAGAGGAUUUGAUGAACUCAGAAAGAGUAAUGUGUCACUUAUCAGUAUCUUGAAUGAAUGGCGCUUUGAAGUGAAGUACUUUGAUGAUACUGCCUGUUCUAAGUGUGAGGAGUCUGGUGGCAGGUGUGGAUCACCGGAGGAUUCGUCUACCGGUCACUUUAUGUGUCAUUGCCGAGAUGGAUCCCAUCCGUUGUCGUGUCCUGAUAGAGAGGUGAAAAGGUUGGGACUAAUUAUAGGAUUAGGCAUUGCAGGAAGCAUACUUGUUCUCAUCGCGAUCAUCGGAGGAGCAUUCUGGCAUCCUAAGAGGCUACGAUCUUGUAGUCGACGUGCAUCACUUAACACUAGUGCUUCAAACCUGCGAAAGGGAAACGUAUACUUUGGUUUGCCGGUGUUCUCAUAUGAAGAACUGGUAGAAGCAACUGGCAAUUUUGACGAAUCUAAAGUACUCGGGAAUGGUGGCUUUGGAACAGUUUAUUACGGAAAACUAAAAGAUGGACGAGAAGUAGCAGUAAAACGCCUGUAUGAGAAGACGUUCAAAAGGGUAGAACAAUUCAUGAACGAAGUUGAAUUGUUAACCUGUUUGAGGCACAAAAACCUCGUCUCUCUUUAUGGGUGCACUUCGCACCAGAGCAGGGAACUCCUCCUAGUGUAUGAGUUUAUUAAAAAUGGCACGGUUUCUGACCAUUUGUAUGGUGAUCAUAAAGACAAUUCAGGAUCGCUUUCGCUUCCAUGGCCUGUUCGUCUAAAUAUUGCAAUAGAAACAGCCUCGGCACUUUCAUAUCUUCAUGCUAACGACAUCAUUCAUCGUGAUGUCAAAACCAACAACAUUCUUCUUGACAACAACUUCAGUGUAAAAGUGGUAGAUUUCGGGCUUUCAAGACUCUUCCCGACUAAUGUAACCCAUGUCUCGACAGCACCACAAGGAACUCCAGGGUACCUAGACCCCGAGUAUUUCCAAUCUUAUCGGCUGACAGAUAAAAGUGAUGUUUAUAGCUUUGGUGUAGUCCUCAUUGAGCUCAUUUCUUCUUUGCCAGCAAUCGAUUUAGACAGGUGUAGUAAUGAGAUUAACUUAUCAACUUAUGCGAUCAACAAGAUCCAACGUCGUGCAUUCGAGGAGCUAGUUGACCCACAAUUGGGGUUCGCGUUGGACUCCAAGGUUAGGAGGAUGACGACUUCUGUGGCAGAGCUUGCAUUCCGAUGCCUGCAACAUGACAAGUGGUUUAGACCAUCAAUGAAUGAUGUUUUGGAGGGUCUUAAGAGGAUCGAGGGUGCUGAUUACGAAGCAUUGCAGGCUCCGAUGGAUCAAAAUGAUCAUGACACAAUGCAAGAACAAGUGAUGGCUAAAGACAUCCAGGUGGAAGUAGUGACGCUGCAUAUAAAUGACCCAUCACCUUCACCCAUGGAGGAUGAUCAUGUUCGAUUAUUGAGUACUAAUCGGUUAUUUUCAUCUUCCCCAAUUUCGGUCAUGGAUAAAUGGGUUAGUAAUGCCACUACGCCAUGCACCAGUAAGUAAGGUAAAACAUCGUCAGUGUUAACUAAAUGCUGUUGAAAGAUGUGUUUAAAUACAAGUCAUUAGGAACAAUACUUCCAUUAAUAAUGUUGUACAUAUCAUUUUAGAUGUAAAUAUGUAUAGAGGAGAUUCUGCAUAAUGAAUCAUUGUGAGAUUGUAGAAAAUCAAAAUGAAUGAAGAAAAGGAAUUCAUGUGGA